GUCUUUUGAAUAGCAAUAAAAUGAAACGCUUUAUGGUUUGCUCGACGUACAGUUUUAACAUCGUUAGACGCUGCAUUCAAAAAAUACUCCGCUCAGUCAAAAUGCAACAGAAUUAUAAAGGCUCAAAUGUACAAAAAAUCCAAGCAAAGCAACUCUUCACUUUUAUGAUGCACGAUUAUAGCCGAGCUACGUUUUGAUUGUCAGCUUUUAAUUAUUAAUUUUUGGUUGCUAUUUAAAAACGUGCUUGGUAGAUUCUGCAAAUAUAAUUCUCAUUAACAAAACAUAUACCACUCUUUUUUUCUUCAAUAAAAAAAAAAGUUGAUAAAAUGCAUUAAAAGAGUAAAUUUAUUUACUAGUAUAAAACAUGGCCAAUGUUUCACAGUCCGUCGAUUUGGGACUGGCUUCCAGGCCAGCGGGGUACAUUCCCCCCUCCAAAUUCCGGAACCCAAUCCCGGUGCAUGAGAACGCGGCAACCACCCUUAGAAAACAGAAGAUCGAGCAUAGAACCGGUCAUCUUGGAUCCCUAAGAACAAACCAAGCAGUUAGCAUAACUACCAGCGCCUACACGCCCUUAGUCCACAAACCAACAAAUGAACAGAUUUUCGAAGAACGUCUCAACUUAGUCGGCCACUGGUUUGAUUUGUGGUCCGUAAAACAACGGAAGAAGUUCAUUUUUGAGAUGUUCCAACACUGCGGCCAGCCAGAAAUGGAUUUCGUCCAGCUUUAUAGCGAUUCAACUUUGGUAGUGAAACGAAAAGAUUUCACGUCUGUUCUUCCCGCGUUUAUUUCAAAAUACAUCUUCUCGUUUCUCGACCCGAAGUCCCUUAGUCGGUCGGCUCAAGUAUCGACUCACUGGCGAUUUCUGAGUGAAUCAGAUGAGAUUUGGAUCUCGAAGUGUAUCAAACAUGGGUGGUAUCUACAAUACCAGCCUUCGCAACUGGAAAAUGGUGCUUGGAAACGCCACUACGUCAAGUCCAUUGAGAACUUGGUUCCUGGGAAAGAGCGAAUGGAUGAAUUUGGAGAGAAAAUAUUGGAUGGAUUUGGCACCGACAGAUCCGAUUUGUUCAUGAGCGCCAGGAAUCUCUAUCAGAUUUCCACUCCUAGGACUCCCACGCCCAGAUCUAAGAGUCCGCUGUCCAGGUCUAGUUCCAGGACGUUGGCUCUCGAAGACAGACCACGAUGGCAAGACACUGAUAAGAAACCCAAGGAGCUUGAGUGGUCCAACUACCAAUCGCUCAUAAGUCCGGACAAUCCCCACAAUCCCAAGUCUCCGAAGUCGGCAUACCUGCACGAGAACAGAUGGGGAGUCAAUAGUUUUUUUUCCACACAUAGCUACGGUCUAGGGUCAACUGAACGAACUGACAAACACCCUUUGAAGCAAGAACAGUUCCAGGAAAUGACAGAGGUCGAGACCAGAUCAACCGGAACCCUGUCGGAACUUCUGCACGCUGAGAGAGUCGCCGAAGGUUCCGAUCAACUAAAAGAAACGCCGCUGUACUUCCCACAAAAACAAGCGUACGAAAACCGAUUCGGUCGGUUUGACGUUUCGGACAAUAAGGACUACCGAGCUCGGGAUCUCCGGGAUUUGAGUGCCAACUACCCGACUCACUCGCACCCGAGGGUGAUCUUUAUCUCGUCACGACUUCCCGCCAAAGAAAUUCUGCAGGACUCCGUGAUGUAUGGAGUAAUCGCUAUUGUAUACGAAUACGAAGGAACUACCCUUGACACAUUGAUCGCCUUGUUAAACAACGUUCUCAAAUCGAGACAAGCGCAGAGCAUCGGGUUUCUGACCGACGGGAACCCUGGAGAAAUCUGGUUGACUCAGGAUGCGACUGUCGCUGCUGACAAUCUGGAAAACAAGGACAUCAAAGACUUCUGGCUCGCUGUAGCCAUGAACACAAUUCCUCCCGGAACCGGAGGUCACAUAGACAUCUUCACUCCACUGGCCUCAUGCGACAGUGGAAUGGAACUUUUGUUUCAGUUGAAAGUACUCACCGGUCUUAAAUUUACUUCCCCAAUCAACAUGAUAGGAGGCAUCCGCAGCGUUGUCGGAGAUUGGCUUGAGAAACCAGAAGACAUGAAACCUGUCAAUCAUUACUUCAAGUUCCAGAAGAUUGUCACCUGGAUCGCCAUAGCCAGCCGUAUGAAAGACGCCUUGUUCCAAACUGAACAAUUCUUAGGCCACUACUUCAGUACCAAGCGUCGAGGCAUUGUAAAUGAAAUGGUCGGCAAAAUGGUCUUUGAUGCUAUUGAUUUAGGAAUGCUAAAAACAAUGCUGAGCGAUAUCGUACCGGUGAUUAUCGAAGGUCUUGUCGAAUUCAAGUCUGAAAAAGAAAAGCAGCCACCUCUUCAAUUUCUAUCCGACUACUUGGCGAAGCGUCAAAAAGCAAUUGCAAGCGGCGAAGAUGCUCCUAGGCCCAAAACCGAGAAAGACGAACAAGAUGAAAUUACCGAUUUGAUGUGCUUAAGGAAAUACGAGCGUGAACGAGCUUUGAAACGCGUGAAAAAUCGAGAAAACAUAGAAAACCAGCCGGACCGAAGAGCUACAGCGGCUGUUGAACUUCUGUCUUCUGAGGUUGAUUACAUGAGAUCCCUCACUUGUAUGAUCGACGUAUUCAUGAAACCUCUUAAGCAAACUUUGGAUGCCAGCAAGCCUAUCAUCGGAAUCGGAAAUAUCCACGCGUUAUUCACAGACAUUUCAGCUAUUCUCGAUGUCAGCAGGGGAUUGGUUAAGGAAAUCACCGAGAAAAUCGAAAGUUGGAAUAAUGAAUCAACGCUUGCCGAUAUAAUGAUUAAGUUCAGCGGCAAAAGCAAAGCUUACACUAACUACAUCAACAACUAUCCUAUAGUAAUGCGAACUUAUGACAUGUUAAUCGAAACAAACCCAGCAUUCCGAGCGUUCAUAGCCGAAAAUGAAGAAAGCAUUCGGACUAAAAUGUUAACUUUCCACGAACUUUACAUGCUUCCAACUAAGCGAAUCAGCGAGUAUAUCUUGAUUCUUCAGUCGCUGCAGAUAAACACGCCUCCCAACCACCCGGACAAAACUGAUAUACCUCAGGCCAUUGUGAAGCUAGAAGCUCUAAACCAGUUCAUAUAUCGGUACAAGACCAAACUGAUCCGGGAUAAGCAAAUUUGCGACAUCGAAAAACGAAUCAUAAACUGUCCCCAGCUUCUUGAAGGGAAUCGACACUUUCUUCGCGAAGACUAUGCCAGUCUUGUCAAGAUCCGAAGCGACGGUGAAACUUACAGUCACAUUCAAGACUUGAUUAUCUUUCUUUUCUCCGAUUCACUUCUGAUUUGCAUCUUAAAAACCAAACACGAGCCGUUCGAACAUAUUCUAAACCGAAAAAUAAUCUUCAGCACUUGCAUUGCCCUUUCCAAGGUCAAAGUUCGGGUCAUCCGAGAUACGAAGUUCGUUCAACACGCGAUUGAAUUGUCGACCAAGAAGUCUAGUUGGAUAUUCAAACUUCCUUCCUACAAGGAGAGAAUCGCUUUCGUGCACACAAUAGAGACAGCAUUGAGAGCUCUCGUCGCAAACGACUAACAAUGUAUAGAAAAAAAUUAGAAUUGUCAAAAUUCAAUUAAUAGUUAACUACAAAAUUUUAAUGUCACAAAAGCUUGAUCAAUACAAUUUAACAGAAAUAUUUUCAUCACAAGAAAACAGCAUAAAUUCAGCACCCAUCUAUCAGAUUUUGAACCCAUCGGUAGCAAGCAUUGUUUUUUUACCGCGUAUAUUUGCACAAAACUGAAAAAACUUGGCGCAAAAUACUGGAUAGGAAACUUUUUCUGGCAGUUCUCGCUCCCCAAACGAUUUUCACUCAGAAAUACCAAAAGUAACAUUAUGUCAGGUCUCUCUUUGUUUUCCUUAAGGUUUUGUUCUUUUGGGGAGAACAUUCCUUUCCCAUAUGACGACAGAAGACUAGUAUUUUGGAGAACUUAAUAUCUUAUUCGCAGGUGCUGUAUAGUUAACCAUUCUUCAAUCUGUACCGGUGAUUAUCGAAUGUCUAGUGGAAAAGAGCAAGAGCAAAAUGUUCUAGAUUGAUCUAGAAUGUUUCAAAUGGUCAUCAAUUACUCCAGAUUGUUCCGGAACUUUCAUGUUGUUCGCUGUUCACUCUCCCUCCCAAUAUUUGAUAAAGCGUUAAUAAGAAAAUAAAAACAACUUAAAAAAACAAGUGUUGAUAAAAAAUUCGGAAAACUAAAUAACGUCCUAAUUUAUGUAUAAAAUUCAAAAACAUCCUAAAUUGAAACAUUGGGGCACGAAAAGAAAAUUUUCUCA